UUGUGUUGAGUGUUGAUAAGUAAUUUUAAAUUUUUAGUAACCCGGUAUUUUACUUUGUCAACAAGAAUGAUGUUUGACUAGAGUUGAUUACAUUAGCAGAUGCUUUGAGAAUGACGGAGGAAAAAGCUCAGGUACGGGAGUUCAAGCUCGAUCCCGACAGCGAGUUGCGCUUUGAACUGGAAACGAAGAAUGGAAAGGUUACGCUCGAGUUGAAAAGCGGAUUAGCCGAAGUUUUCGGCACAGAGCUAGUGAAAGGAAAAAAGUAUGAAUUCACGUGUGGCGCCAAGGUGGCAGUUUUCACUUGGCAAGGAUGUAUGGUGGAAUUGACGGGUAAAACUGAUGGCAGCUACGUCUCGAAGGAAACUCCCAUGAGUAUUUACCUGAAUUGCCAUGCAGCUAUGGAAAAGAUGAGAGAGGUAGCGGACAAAGAGGACAAAAUAGGACCGAUAGUCAUGAUCGUGGGACCAUCGGACGUGGGAAAAUCUACCCUUUGUAGAUUGUUGUUGAAUUAUGCUGUGAGAAUGGGCAGACGGCCUAUUUUUGUUGAUUUGGACGUUGCUCAAGGACACAUAGCCAUUCCAGGCACGAUGGGUGCUCUGCUCGUUGAGAGGCCAUCAAACAUCGUUGAUGGCUUCAGUCAACAAGCGCCCCUUGUUUUUCACUUUGGACACAAAGAUCCUAAUGACAAUUCCAUGCUCUACAAUUUGUUGGUCACACGGUUGGCUCAAGUGUGCUCGGACAGACUACAAGCCAAUAAAAAGGCCAAAGUAUCCGGACUAAUCAUCAACACUUGUGGCUGGAUCAAAGCUGGUGGGUACAAAAUGUUGACGCAUGCCGCGCGAGCGUUCGAAGUCGAUACGAUUUUAGUGCUGGAUCAGGAAAGACUUUAUAACGAGCUUGUGAGAGACAUGCCGAAUUUCGUGAAAGUGGUCCAUUUGCCAAAAAGUGGAGGUGUAGUUGAAAGAACUCAAACGCAAAGGUGUGAAUCUCGUGAUCAAUCGAUAAGAGAAUAUUUCUAUGGCUCGAGGACACCUCUCUACCCGCACAGCUUUGAAGUGAAGUGGAGCGAAGCAAAGGUUUUCAAAAUUGGCGCACCUCCAUUACCUUCUUCUUGUAUGCCAUUGGGAAUGAGGGCAGAAGAUAAUUUAACUAAAUUAGUCGCGGUCACUCCAGGAGCCAAUCUUCUACACCAUUUGCUCUCGGUAUCGUUUGCAGACUCUCCGGAAGACGAUGUUGUUAGAACUAAUGUUUUAGGAUUUGUAUGUGUAACAAAUGUUGACGCGGAACGACAGACUUUCACCAUCCUCAGUCCCCAACCAAGGCCACUGCCAAACGACAUUUUGCUACUCAGCGAGAUCCAAUUCAUGGAUACGCAUUAAGAAACGUUGUUGACAAACCUUUAACUAACUUACGGUGUUUCCGUUGGGGUUACCACCGCCGGGGUUGGCCUUGCACGCCCCUUGCUGACCGACGUAUGGCUCCUGCCGCCCUGCCCACGCGAAGAGCGGCAGUAGUGCCGAUACUCGAGUGUUUUUUGUGGCUGAAAGAAGAGAAAAAAGUACUUUAGCAGUGGUCGUACUUAAUUGGUGGAGAAAAAUGAACUCACUUCGUCGUCGAGUACCGCAAGCAUGCAGCUGCUAGCAGA